AUGGACAAAAUACCUGAACAUAGGAAAAAUGCUUUUAAAGCAAAAUCCGUUUUCAAAGCUGACGAAUUACGUCGUCGCCGUGAAGAGCAACAGAUCGAAAUUCGCAGAAAAAAUCGGGAAGAAUCUCUGGCAAAACGCCGCAAUCUCAAUAUUCCUGCUUCUCCUGACUCCGAUGAUGAGACUGCUGUUGCAGUCAUCAAUGCUCAACUCCAAGAACAAUUACCAGGCAUGAUACAAGGUGUUUUCUCUGAUAAUGUUGAGGAGCAACUUCAAGCUACGACCAAGUUUAGAAAGUUGCUUUCUAAAGAGAGAAAUCCGCCUAUUGAGCAGGUUAUUGAAUGUGGUGUGGUUGUACGAUUUGUUGAAUUCUUGAGAUCUCCACAUUCUUUAGUUCAGUUUGAAGCGGCUUGGGCCUUAACAAACAUAGCCUCUGGAUCUUCUGAACAAACUCAAGUUGUAAUUGACGCCGGAGCUGUCCCAAUCUUUGUUGAGUUAUUGAGUAGUCCUGUUGCAGAUGUUAAAGAGCAGGCUGUAUGGGCAUUGGGUAAUAUUGCCGGUGACAGUCCGCCAUGCCGAGAUUAUGUCUUACGUGAAGGUGCUCUUCGACCUUUAUUGAAUAUUUUGAAUGAACAUCAUAAAUUGUCAAUGUUACGUAAUGCAACGUGGACUCUUUCAAACUUUUGUAGAGGAAAAAACCCACAGCCGGAGUGGAAUUUGAUUUCUCCCGCACUUCCUGUCCUUGCCAAGCUUAUUUAUUCCAUUGACGACGAAGUUCUUAUUGAUGCAUGUUGGGCAAUUUCGUAUUUAUCGGAUGGAAACAAUGAAAAAAUACAAGCUGUCAUCGAGUCCGGUGUUUGUCGUCGAUUAGUUGAGCUUUUAAUGCAUUCGUCGACUUCUGUUCAGACACCAGCUCUACGCUCUGUUGGGAACAUCGUGACCGGUGACGACGUUCAAACUCAAGUCAUUAUUAACUGUGGAGCCCUCCCUGCUUUAUUAAGUUUAUUGUCUAGUCCAAAGGAUGGUCUUCGUAAAGAAGCAUGUUGGACCAUAUCUAAUAUUACUGCCGGAAAUUGUGCUCAAAUACAGGCUGUUAUAGAUGCCAACAUUAUACCUCCUCUCAUCAAUAUUCUUCAACAUGCUGACUUUAAGACUCGUAAGGAAGCAUGUUGGGCGAUCUCUAACGCAACAUCUGGCGGAUUAAACAAACCUGAACAGAUAAAAUAUCUUGUCAGUCAAGGGUGCAUUAAGCCUCUUUGUGAUUUGUUAAAUUGUAUGGAUAAUAAAAUAAUUCAAGUCGCUUUGGAUGGUCUUGACAAUAUCUUGAAGGUUGGAGAUUUGGAAAAAGUUAAUGGUGUUAAUCAAUUUUCAGUAUACGUCGAAGAAGCUGGUGGUAUGGAGAAGGUCCAUAACUUGCAGGUUCAUGAUAACGUUGAAAUUUACAAGAAGUCAUAUCAUAUAAUCGACAAAUACUUUGCUGAAGAUGACGAAGAGGAUCCAAAUUUAGCCCCCGAUACGGACAUGAAUUCUGGUGCAUUUGUUUUUCAAUCUGAUAUUAAUUUACCUCAUGGAGGAUUUCAUUUUAAUGGUGGUACUCCUAUGUAA